AUGGGCUGGGACACUGCGACGAAUCGGUCUCUGGUUGGUGACCCCGAGCUGGACGCCAAGGGCUGCGUGCUGACGGCCGAGUUCCCUGCCCUGCGCGUCGUCUGCGUCUACGUGCCCAACUCCAGGCGAGGCCUGGGCCAACUGAGCUUCCGGCAGGCCUGGGACGAGCGCUUCCGCUCCUUCGUGUCCCAGCUGGACCGGUCCAAACCGGUUGCCAGUGACCCCGAGCUGGACGUCGAGGGCCGCGUGCUGAUGGCCGAGUUCCCUGCCCUGCGCGUCGUCUGCGUCUACGUGCCCAACUCUGGGCGAGGCCCGGGCCGCCUCAGCUUCUGGCAGGCCUGGGACGAGUGCUUCCACUCCUUUGUGUCCCAGCUGGACCGGUCCAAACCGGUCGCCAUCUGCGGCGACCUCAACGUCGCCCACCAGCCCUUGGACCUGAUGAACUCGUCGGGGAACAAGAGGAGCCCCGGGUUCACGCGGGAGGAGAGGGAGGCGUUUGGGGAGCUGCUGGGGGCGGGCUUCCUCGACAGCUUCCGGGUGUUUAACCCCUCGCUGCCCAACGCCUUCACCUUCUGGACCUACCUGAGUGGGGCCAGGGCCAGGAACGUGGGCUGGAGGCUGGAUUACUGCCUGUGGUCCCAGAGGGGCAGGAAGGAUCUGUGCGACAGCAGGAUCGAGAAGCGGGCCCAGGGCAGCGACCACUGUCCCAUGGGGAUCUACCUGGCGCUGGAGGGGGCAGGCUGA